AGCAACAGUGCUGAAGCUUUUUGGAGAAUAUUUCUUCACUUUCUGUAAGAUGUCAGGGUAUGACCGAAUGCUACAGACUCUGGGAGGGAAUCUAACUGAAUUUAUUGAGAAUCUAGAUGCUCUUCAUAGUUACCUUGCAUUGUCUUACCAGGAAAUGAAUGCGCCGUCCUUUCGUGUGGAGAAGAGGACAGAUGGGACAAUGUUACUUCACUACUAUUCUGACAGGAGGGGCCUGUGUCAUAUUGUCCCAGGUAUCUUAGAGUCUGUUGCCAGAGACUUCUUCAACAGCGAAGUGACAAUGGAAAUUCUUAAUCAAAGUGAAGACAGGGAGCGCACUGGGAAAAAGGAGCAUGUGGUAUUUCUUGUUCUGCAGAAGCUUAAAAGACCAGAGAGAAAGACAAGAGAAGAAACAAAUCCAGAAAGUGGCAACUCACCUAACAGUAACAAGGCACAAGAUGUAGUCUUUCAGCAAAUGAAGAACUGCUCGGCUUUGUCAUGCCACCUUAAAAGGAAAUCCCCCUGGGACAUUGUGCGAAGUGUUGUGAAAUUUAGGAAAGAAAACCUGUUAUCAACUUUUGAACCCAUUUAUCCAGAGAGGCUUUGGGUAGAAGAGAGGACGUUCUGCAAUGCUUUUCCUUUCCACAUUGUAUUUGAUGAAGCACUACGGAUCAAGCAGGCAGGUACAAACAUUCAAAAGUAUGUACCAGGCCUACAGAUAUCAGGGACCCAAUUAAACAAGCACUUCACCAUAGUCCAUCCACAAAUUACUUUCACCAUUGUCAGCAUCAGGAAGUUUAUCAACAGUCAGUUUGUCCUCAAGGCGUGCAGAGAAAUGUUGCCUGAACUAUGGAGAAACCAACCCAGCCUGAAACUCAGAGGACAAAUGAUCUGGAUGGAGUCCUUGCAGUGCAUGAUGUACCUGUGUUCACCCAAGCUCCGCAGUUUAGAAGAGCUGGAGGAACGAAAGAUGCACCUUUCUGACAUUGCACAGCAUGACACAACUAGGGACCUUAUUCUCCUGAACCAGCAGCGUCUGGCAGAGAUAGAGCUGUCCAACCAGUUGGAGAGAAAGAAGGAAGAGCUCAGGAUCCUUUCAAAAAACUUAGAGGCUGAAAAGAAGAAAACAGAAACCUUGCUAUAUGCCAUGCUGCCGAAACACGUGGCCAAUCAGCUCAAGGAGGGUAAAAAGGUGGAGUCAGGGGAAUUUAAUUCAUGCACAAUACUCUUCAGUGAUGUAGUGACUUUUACAAAUAUCUGUGCUGCCUGUGAGCCCAUUCAAAUAGUGAACAUGCUGAAUUCAAUGUAUUCAAAGUUUGAUCGAUUAACCAAUGUUCAUGAGGUUUAUAAGGUUGAAACAAUAGGCGAUGCAUACAUGGUGGUUGGAGGAGUCCCCAUACCUGUUGCCAGUCAUGCAGAAAGAGUGGCCAAUUUUGCCCUAAGCAUGCAAAUUGCUGCCAGAGAAGUGAUGAACCCAAUCACUGGAGAUCCUAUUCAGAUCAGAGUCGGGAUCCACACAGGACCCGUAUUAGCUGGUGUAGUUGGUGAAAAGAUGCCCAGGUACUGCUUGUUUGGAGAUACUGUCAACACAGCUUCUCGCAUGGAAAGUCAUGGACUUCCUAAUAAAAUCCACCUCAGUCCAACAGCAUUCAGAGCUCUGCAGAACUGUGGGUUCGAAAUAGCUGAAAGGGGAGAAAUUGAGGUAAAAGGCAAAGGAAAAAUGAACACCUAUUUUCUAAGGAGGAACCUGCAUGCAACUAAGGAUGAAAUCAUGGGUAGAGCAGAAGAGCAGCACUUCCAGCACAUAGAUCUGAAUGAUGCACUUGCUCUGGGAAACCAAGGCAGCAGGAGUGAUGCUGUUAUGAAGUACGCUGACAGCGAGCAGCUGCAAACCGCAAGCAGCAAUGCAGAUGGCGAGUACAUCAAGGAGGCUGAAAGCAACGUGCUUAAUGCAGAGCAUUCAAAGCGGGAAGAUGAGCAGCUGCUUGCUGAUCAGACAAGGACACCGCCCUUCAGCAAUGUCACUGUACAGUCUAAGUUUUGUGUAUUGUCAUGAUAAAAGGCAAAUAACGAAAAAUGGAAUUCAGCACUUUGUUAUAAACCAUUUCAAUGAAAAAGAUGGUUUCAUUCCUGAUGUAAAACAAAAACAAUGCUGAGUAAUAAAAAAAGAUGAACAGUAA